AUGAAGGAGAUGGCAGGAAAUGAGGGCAGGGGAAGGGGAGCAGGAGCAGGGAGAGGAGGAGAAGAAGGAGCAGGAGCAGGAGCAGGAGCAGGAGCAGGAGCCAAGAGCAGGAAGGUGGUGCCGCGAACGGACAAAACUUUGUUGGACAUGCGCUUGCGAGAUAUCGAACGGCUGUUGUCAUGUGAAUCAUCGAUCAAUGUGUAUGAGGCGCGGCUCAGAAUGACACCACAAGAGAAGAAAGAAAUAAGAAAUACGGUAGAAGAGCUUUGCUCCCAUCCUAGGAGGUUCUUUGUCAAGUUCGCAGACGAAGGCGCGAGGAUUUCUUCAGAUACUUUUGUUCAGUUUUUGACCGCUUUGCAACUUUAUCCACGAUUGCUGACUGGAGAGGACCUGUGCGAGCUGUUUGAGAAGCUCAUCGGGCUGCGAGGCUGCUUCUACUCCAUGCACAUGCUGGACUUUGAGGAGCUCAAGAGGGCGUUGCACAUAAUCUCCGAGACACUCCAGCUGAACGCUCGCUGCUUCGUGGCAGACACGUCGUUCCUGACGCAGACGAGGACGACGCUGUCUCGUGUGAUGGACAGCAAGCUCCUCUUCCAUCGGUACUCGGGAUGCUGCAGGAGCCACGAGCCGCGGGUGAGGGAGAAGCCGAUGAAGCUCCGCCAGGACGAGUUUGCCAUGAUGAUGGUCGACCUGCGGGUUGUGCCAGAGUCGCUAAAUGAGGAGGAGGUCUUGGAGAUCUUUCUGCGCGUUUGGAGGGAGAGGAAUGGAGGAGCGAUGGUGGAGGAGAGCGUCAAGCUGCUGGACUUCGAAGGUUACGUGGCGAGCAUCCACGAAGUUGCUAAGCUACUUGGUGUCGACCUCGGCGACGAGAAAGAGGGAGGAGAGAAGGAAGCGGUGAAAGAUGAGAGGGAGGGAGGGAGGGAGGGAGCAAGAAAAGGAGGGAGGAGAGAAACAGGACAAGAGGAGAAGGCAAGAGGGAAGGGACACUCGAGGGAGAGGAAGGAAGAAGGGAAGGGUGCGGUGAUGGACGAGAAGGACAGAUGA